CCACGGGCACACUGGCCCAGGUGCCGGUUUCGUUUCACGUUGCCACUUUCGUUUGGUUUUCUACCGUUUUAUCCACUCACUCACUGCGGAAGUUUUGGUUUUCCCGGAGCAGUGGAAAAUGUCGGAAAAGUAUGGAAAACUGCAGCAGCAGUUCCUCUGCUGCUAUCCCGUGAACAAGAUGGCCUGGUCGACGGUGAAGCUGCCUUUAAGCUGGGAGGAGCAGCAGGAGCUGAUGGCGGCCACUUGUGGCCACCCGCUGAACCGGCGAUAUCCGGUGCGCCGAAGUUACCUGGAGGCCUUCCUCAAGCAGCUGAUGCACUUGCUCAAGGACCAGGAGGAUGUGCACGACGACGUCUACAGCAAUUUGUGCGUGAGGAUGGGCGAGGGUCCAGGAUCGGGCACAUCGUACGCCUACAAACACUACUUGAUGGGUCCGGGAGCCCACAUAACGCUCCGUGAAUCCAAUAGCUUUGUCAGCGAGGGCACCACCGGACUGUGCACCUGGGAAGCUGCCUUGGCUCUGGCCGACUAUGUACUGCAGCAUCCAGACUUGGUCCGGGGAAAGAAUGUAGUGGAACUGGGCGCUGGUGCCGGACUACUGGGCAUCCUGCUCAAGUUGCCCGCUUUGGAGCUGAAGGUGGGCCAGGUCCUACUCACCGAUGGCAGUGAACCGUGUGUCCAGCUGAUGCGCGAGAAUAUCGCUCUGAAUUUCAAUGACAAGGAGCUCGCGCAGGAGCAGGAGCAGGAGGAGGAGCAGCAGGAGGUUGAGAAGCCCCAGGCGGAGCAGCUCGAUUGGGACUCGGUGAGCGAAUUCCCCUGGAAAUGCCAUGCCGAAACGGAUUUGCUUCUUGCCGCCGAUGUGAUCUACGAUGACUCCCAGUUCGAUGCCCUGCUGGGUGCCCUGGACUACUUCUACACGAGACGCGGUGGCCAGCUGGAAACCCUGUUGGCCAGCACAGUGCGGAAUGUGGACACACUGCACAAGUUUAUGGCCCAGCUGGGCAUUCAUGGCUACAAGGUGACUCCCUGCGCAAAUGUAUCCGCUUGUGCCAGCCACUUUUGUCGAGAUCACACCGCCGCCGUUCAAAUUAUCUCCAUUCGACGCUAGUUUUAGUCCUAAAUAAACCGACACCGCAAAAAACAAA